AUGCACCCACAGACCUUCCCCCUUCACGGAGACCACGUUUGUUUUGCCUCUGAAGUGACAGCAAUGACGUUUCCUGUUCAGGAUGCACCCACAGACCUGCCCCCUUCACGUUACAGAAAGAAGAAAACAGCUGUCUGAUUUUGCCCUGGCCCUCCCAUCUAGACGCUCCUUAAAGAGCUCGUUUACUGCUGCAGGAAGAAUUCCAUCUCCCCACGAGCGCCACAAGGAAACCUGGAAGAGGCGGUGAAAAUGUCUGAGUCAAGGACGGAUGACACUGUCCGGUUCUCCCUGGAGCUCUCAGAGGGCGAGAAGGAAGCCACUGGGAACAGAAAGGGGAAAGUCCUGAAGUGUCUCCAGAGCCUUGGUAUUGCCUGUAAUGAGGUGAGAAGAGCAAGAAUUCCUACCUGAAGUGCUGUGAGGUGCAUGGGGCCUGGAGUUCAAAGACGUGGGAAGAAAGAAAGGCAGCGUUUGCCGAACUCAUCGUGGUUUUUAAAACUGAACUUCAAGAUACGUCUUACAGCAAACUGAGGAAGAGGAGACCCAUUUCCCGCUCAUGGAGACAGGAGAAGGGAAGAAUCAAACCUAUAUCACAGAAUUCAACCUCCUAGGAUUUGAAAUGUUCCCACAACUGCAAACUCUUCUCUUCCUGCUGUUCCUGGUGAUCUACAUUGUGACCAUGGCCGGGAACCUCCUCAUUGUGGUGCUAGUUGUGGUCGAUCGGCAUCUCCACACCCCCAUGUACUUCUUCCUGGGGAACCUGUCCUGCCUGGAGACCUGCUACAGCUCUACCAUCCUACCCCGGUUGUUGGCCGGGCUCCUGACGGGGGACAGGACCAUCUCCGUGAGCGGCUGCAUCACUCAGUUCUAUUUCUUUGGUGUGCUUGUGGCGAGUGAGUGUUACCUCUUAUCCACGAUGUCCUACGACCGGUAUUUAGCGAUCUGCAAACCGCUGCACUACACAGCUCUUAUGAACGGCAGAUUCUGCCUCCUGCUAGCAGCGGUGUCCUGGAUGGGUGGCCUGAUGGCUACAACCAUAGUAACCUGUUUAAUAUCCCAGUUACAUUUCUGUGGCCCCAAUGAGAUUGACCAUUUCCUGUGUGAUUUCACCCCCCUGAUCAAAGUCUCUUGCACUGACACCCGCCUGGUCAAAUUGGUGACCUUUGUCAUCUCUUCCAUAGACACCCUGCCCCCGUUCCUCCUAACCCUGAUGUCCUACAUCUGCAUCAUCUCCACCAUCCUGAGGAUCCCGUCCGCCGCCGGGCGGCAAAAGGCCUUCUCCACCUGCUCCUCCCAUCUCAUCGUGGUGACCAUUUUCUACGGGACCCUCAUCGUCGUCUAUGUGCUUCCGGACACCGACUCCUUGAGAGACCUCAACAAAGUGUUCUCCCUCUUCUACACGGUCCUGACGCCCCUGGCCAACCCGCUCAUCUACAGCCUGAGGAACAAGGAGGUCCUGGAGGCCCUGAGAAAACUAAUCCAUAGAUAUGUGGCAUGCCCAGCGAUUCAGAAGGAAUGA